AUGAUACCAAAAGAAAUCUUUCAAGAAACUAUGAGACCAAUAUUUUUAGAAAUUACAUCAUUAAUUACAAAUCAACGUUCUUUAAUGUUUAAUUCAAGAUUUGAAUUAUUAUUUAAUAAACAAAAAUAUAAAGAUUUAAAAAGUUUAUUAAAUAAUAUUAGUAGUGAAUAUAUGGUUUUAGUUGGAUCAGAAUUUAUAAUUGAUAAUUGUCAAGAAGAUGAUGAAUGUAGAAAAUCAAUUGAAGAGAUAAAAUCAAUUAAAAUUCAAAAGAAAUCUCAAAGAUAUCAAAAUGAAACACCAAUUGUUUUUCGUAAUGAUAAUUCAAAACAAUUAAUUAAACAAAUGUAUAAUGAUUACCAUUUCUUAAUUUCAAAGCAUCCAAAAGCAAUGAAAUAUAGUUUUUGUGUUCAUCAAUUAGGUUGUUUAAUUUAUACUUUUGAUUUAUUUAUAAAUUUAAUGUCAAAUAUAACUAAAUACAUUUGGUCAAUUACUAAAACUAUAUUAAUUGAAAGAAAAGAUUCAAAUUAUCUUUAUAAUAAUAAUUUAAAUAGUUUAGAAAUUAGUAACAAUGAGCAAUAUACUUGUAUAGACUCUUCAACAUUUACUAGUAGUAGUAGUGAUAAUAAUUCAGAAGAUUUAACAAUACCUAUCAAUCGAUCACAAUUUAUUCGUCAUACUAGUAUUGGUGGUACAAAGUAUAAUAAUAUGUCACUUUAA